AUGGAGAACAGACGGCCCUCGGAUGGUUUGUCCAACGACCUAUGGAGCGAGAUACGGGUUUUGCUCAAAGAGCAAAAUGAACGACUACGUAUCCAAAAUAACCUGCUCAAGCGACUUCUUCUCGAGAGAGACAAUGGCACUGGGACUGGUACGAGUAAUCAUAACCUCCCGGAUGCCGAUAAAAAGAAUCAGUCCAUCGAGGAUGCGCCCCAACUCGAUGGAAGAAACAAGUCACACACCUCCUUGAAAUCCUGCCUGAAACGUGACAACAGUGACUUUGAGUUUCAAAACAAAGGACAUACUGUUCUUUACGCUGCAGAUGAAACUUUCAAGUAUCCUCGAGUCUAUUAUUUUGUCGAUGAGCGGCAUCCACCUCGCCUCCACAGACUGUCGACAGGCUUGAGAGCUGACUCCUCAUGGAAAUAUUGGAAGCCUGUUGCCCCCGGAGGAAUAUCCCAUCCAGAACAGUAUCAAUCCUAUCCUGGUGCAGGAUAUCCUGACUAUAUUCCUGAAUGGGAGAUUAAGCGUGCCGGCGAUGGAUGGUAUCAUAUUGAUGGUGCGAAAUUGGAAGACGAAGUUCAUGUUCCUCCCGACAGCCUUUACAGUGGAAAAGCACGGUUGGUUCCUUAUUCACUCAAUUGUAGCACGUCCCUUCCAUCCGAAUGGGCAUGUGAGCCAUGUGCAACUUUUCAUGGUGGUUCUGGGAAGGACAUGGUCGGCAUCAUACAAGUGCUAUUGAAAACCCUGGGAAACCUCUACGCUGUCCCUUGCGACGGCAGACUGCAAUUCGCGUUUGAUCGAUGCCACCUGAGGAGUCUCAGCCCCUCUGGUCUGAGUUCGCACUUGGAGCAGCUCCAGCUGUUCUUCAAGACAUUAAAGGCAAGCAACGGUCGUGUUCAGAUUGUUGAUGUGGACGAUUGGAUGCACGCGGCCAUAUACGAGCGCGUCACUGCAUAUCCUGAAGAAUGGAAAGUAAUCCUGAGGAGUAAGGAUCCAAGAAUUUUGGCCGUCCCUGCCUUGGAGGCAGACCUCCGCAAAGUCAAUAUUCGACCAACGCGGUUUUACUACAAGAGCGGAAACGGUAAGCCGACAGAAGUAAAGUGGAGGGAAACAGGCCAUUGGAAUCGCAUCAUCAGCUGCAUUGGCUUGAACGCUGUAGCGCCAUCGUUUGAGUAUGGACUUGACGGGCUCUGUCAUACACUCUUUCGCAGUUGUACUGGUGAAAAGUUUCAAUACGCGGACCUGGUGCCAGGAGUUCUGCGGACACAUAUUUCCUGCGUUAAACGGAGGCGAUCGCGCAACGAUGCCGCUGAUGCUCUAGAACCUUUCCACAUUACUUGGUGCCGAAUCGAUGGCACAAAGCCCUUAAGCAAGUCGACAUGGAGGUCUGGAGAGCUAUAUGGGUCAAAGGGCUCAACAGGUACGCUGUAUUUGUCCGAGGUCGCUUUCACAUUGGGCUUCAUACCAUCUCAACGGACCCUCUGGUCCAGUACACAGAAUGGAAAGACAGAGAAUAUGGAUCGCAGUCAUUGGUGUCUUAUACAUCUCGCACCAUCACACUUUGGCCGCUUAGAUGAAUCAAUUCACCGUCGCAGGCAGGAUGACCCACGGACUGGCCCAUUCACCACAGCAAUCACGCUGAUAGAAGAGGCACUGCUGCACGCGGCCAACGAUUGGGACCGCAUUGCCAACCACUUUGACCUUGUUCUCAACCAGAACGAUAGUAUUUUUGAUCCUGAACUUCAUGAUCGCUUUCUGUUCGAUGAUGCUUCGUUUUCCCGGUCGCGGUACUAUUUCUGGCUGAUGGACAGUUUGGAGGGCUUCACAUCCGCCGUGUCGGAUACUAUUCAUGAAUGGGAGGUAUACUGGUGGGCUAGAAAGGACGUAUUCGAAGAUUACGAAGCAUUCUAUCUGGACAAGUGGCGGAAUACCAAGGUUGAAUUGGGAUCUCCGAAACCUCCUCAAGAACCCCCACGACUGGAAAAUUCAGUCAAGAGGGUAGAAACGCAUGUUGGACGGUUGAGAGAAAUUUUGAGCCGGCUCGAGAUUUUGCGCGAUCGAACCAUGACCUUACGCGACGGAUUAUUCAAUGCGAGCACUGUCAUCGAAUCGCGGGCUGCUACCCAGCUUGGUGAAAACGUCAAACUGCUCACAUACGUGAGCAUAUUCUAUCUCCCGCUAAGUUACUGCGCUGCUUUAUGGAGCAUCAACCGAGAUUACAACUUAGUGGCAUUCGCCAUUGUCACUGCUCUUCUGGCUCUGGGCACGUAUGCUCUGGUGCUGAACCUGAACGAUAUUGUGUUUCUGAUCAGGAAGGCCUACCGAAAGCUGCGUACCCCUAUAUUGGAAGCAAUGAAAAAUGACUCGCAUGAACAAUGGGCUGAUUUGGGCAGCGCUUUCAGUGGAUUCAUGCCUGAGAGACAUGGUGAUCAGCCCUCGGAGUGGACGGUUCUGCUGUACGCGGUAUUAAUGGCUACAGAGAAGUUAAAAUUCUGGAAAAGAGGCCACUCCAAUCCCGCGUAA